UAUGCGUGAGUGAGAGUGUGUGUGUGUGUGUGGGGAGCUCACGGAGCUCGCGCUCUCUAACUUGUCGCUCCUCUCUGUGCAGCCAUGCAUUGGGGUUGAAGCCGCAGCGUAAAAGCUCCUCCACAAAUGCAGGCGAGGUGAGGAGCGGCGGGGAGCCAGGAGGAGGGAGGCGUCACCCGGCGGUAACACCGAGCCUCAACCAGCGACGUUUAGAGUAAAAAAAAAAAAUCAAAUUCAAAAUGUCGAACCGAAAACACCGGGACAACCAGGAGAUUUGCGCCCGUAAGGUUCGGGAGCUGGCCCAGUCUGGAGUAAACAAACACUGCUUCGAGUGCAGCCAGCCCGGGGUGACUUACACCGACAUCACGGUGGGAAGCUUCGUGUGCACGUCGUGCUCCGGAAUGCUGAGAGGCCUCAACCCUCCCCACAGAGUCAAGUCUAUCUCCAUGACAACCUUCUCCCAACAGGAAGUGGAAUUCCUGCAGAACCAUGGCAACGAGAUCGGGAGGAGGACGUGGCUGUGCGUGUUUGACCCAAAGACAGACGGCUGCUCCGAUAUGAAGGACUCUCAGAAGUUCAAAGAGUUCCUGCAGGACAAAUAUGAGAAGAAGAAAUGGCAUUUUUCCAAAAGCAAAAACCGGCGGGAUGUGGAGGGUCCAUGGAGCCCAGGGGUCCAGGCCAUGCCGCCCUCCCUUGGUCCCUUAGCCAAUCAGGCCCCCGCCCACAACAUGCCCUCUAAUGCACGGUCCACAAGGCCACUGUCCCAGGCUCAGCUGCCGCCGUGGGAUCGAGUGCCCGCGAUCUCACCUGCCGACAUGCGUGCGGAUGUGUUCACCGCUCGGCCGUCGCGUUCCCAGAGCUUCAGAGACCCCCCUCUGAAAGACCCCACACUGUGUGGGAUAGAAAGACAGAGGCCAGGCUCCCUGUCGUCAGCGCUGGGGGCUCAGAGCCACGCCCCCUCCUUUCCCGCCCUCCCACGACCAUCAGCCAGUAGCUCUUUCAAAAACCACUUUACCUUAGGUCGUACAGUAUCGGCCUCAGGGGCCACGGGGCCCUUCAGGGCCUUCCCCAAGUCUCUCAGCGUGGACUUUGGAGGUCUGAACCAUCCUCAGCCUCUGCCCCAGUCUCUGUCCCAGCAGCAGCAGCAGCAGCAGCAGCAGCAGCAGCAGCCUGCCAGCGUCGGCCAGACGAUACCACAGGUCAGCAGCUCCGGUGGCCAGGACAGGUAUGCUGCCGUGUCACAUCUGGACAGCGUCUUCUCCGACACACCGUCAACCACAGCUCCACCUGCUGGCCCUCCACAGUACAGCGCCAUCUUCGGCAGCAGGCUUUCAUCCAGCUCUACUCCUGCCAGCUCCCCAGGUGUCGAUACGGUGUCCAGUUCCCAAACCUUUUCAAAUUUCCCCAACCCAUUCAGUUCCAGCUCCAGCUCUGCUUCCCAGCAGCCUGUCGCCCUCUCCCCCAGUAACCCCUUCAGCAACGCCUCAGGAGGUGACUCCAGUGCGUUCGUCACCUCGCCCACUUCUGUUUUCCCUCCAUCUGCUGCCUUCCCUGCGCCUGCUACCCACUGUGCAUUUCCUCACGAGGCAGCCAGCAACCAGGAAGCCAACGGUUUUGCCUCCUUCCCUGCGUCUGACUCUCAGCCCAAAGUCCCACGUCCGAUGUCGGUGAACCCGUUUACUGGAAAUGUUUACCCCAGCCAAGGGACGUCGCGAAAUCCCUUCAUCUGAUCCCCACACCACCACCUCCUCCUCCUCCUCCUCCUCUCCUUACUUCACCCACCCGUCCCUCCGUGGGAGCCGGGGGAAGUGAACUUGAGGAGUCGCUGCCAUUUCAAAGCCUCUGGAGUAUUUUCAUCCCCUGAUGGA